ACAGCAGAUGCAGAGAGAAAAAGAAAAGAAAGAAAAAAAAAAAAAGCAGUGUAAAUGAAAUGUGAACAACCAAAAAGCAAAGGGAAAGAAUUCACAACAUAUAAUGCAGCACACCUACAAAGAGCGCGCCAUUAAUGCAGACCUCAACCACCAAAACCAGUACAUGUAGAUAACCUUCUUUCUUCACAAAGUAGGGCAGGCAGGCACAUGCGAAUCGCACAUUCAAACUCAGUUCCUUCCUUAAGCCAUUAACUUCUCUCGAUCUAGGUUUCGGUCUCAGAUCUUGAGAUUGCAGGAUGUGGAACGCCGCCGACAACGUGUUCUCGUCCAGGUCGGCGUCUUUCAGGGAGGGGAGUGACGAUGAUGAGGAGGCGUUGCGGUGGGCGGCGCUGGAGCGGUUGCCGACUUACGAGCGAGUUCGCAGGGGGAUAUUCAGGGACAUGGUUGGCGAUCCCAGAGAGGUCGAGUUGAGCGAGCUUCAGUCCUCGGAUCAGAGGUUGCUUCUUCAGCGCCUCGUUAGUUCUGUCGAGGAUGACCCCGAGAAGUUCUUUGAUCGCAUGAGAAAGCGAUUUGACGCAGUUGAUUUGGAAUUUCCGAAGAUUGAGGUUCGGUUUCAGAAACUUACUGUUGAAUCUUUUGUCCUUCUUGGAAGCAGAGCACUGCCGACAAUUCCUAAUUUUAUUUUUAACAUGUGUGAGGCUUUUUUAAGGCAGUUACAGAUAUACAAAGGCAGAAGAUCCAAGCUGACUAUUUUAGAUGAUGUUAGUGGGAUAAUUAGGCCUUCAAGAUUGACACUGCUGUUGGGCCCUCCAAGCUCUGGAAAGACGACACUUCUGUUGGCUCUUGCUGGCUGUCUUGGAACUCAUUUGCAGACAUCGGGGAGCAUUACAUAUAAUGGACACUGUCUAAAAGAAUUUGUUCCACAAAGGACGUCUGCUUAUGUCAGUCAACAGGACUGGCAAGUGCCAGAGAUGACUGUAAGGGAAACCCUUGAGUUUGCUGGGCGCUGCCAAGGUGUUGGAUUCAAAUAUGAUAUGCUCUUGGAACUUGCAAGAAGAGAAAAGGUUGCUGGGAUAAAACCUGAUGAAGAUCUUGAUAUAUUUAUGAAGUCACUAGCUUUGGGGGGACAAGAGACAAACCUUGUGGUAGAAUACAUCAUGAAGAUUUUAGGGCUGGAUAUCUGUGCUGACACGUUGGUAGGGGACGAAAUGCUUAAAGGGAUCUCAGGCGGCCAGAAGAAGCGCCUUACUACAGGGGAAUUACUAGUUGGUUCAGCUAGAGUCCUGUUCAUGGAUGAAAUAUCUAAUGGGCUUGAUAGUUCGACCACAUAUCAAAUCAUUAAAUAUCUGAGAUAUUCAACACAUGCACUGGAUGGGACCACUGUAAUAUCUCUGCUUCAACCUGCUCCUGAAACGUACGAGUUGUUUGAUGAUGUUAUACUUCUGUGUGAGGGCAAGAUAUGCUACCAGGGACCUCGUGAUGCAGCUCUUGAUUUCUUUGCUUUUAUGGGAUUUAAAUGUCCAGAAAGGAAGAAUGUAGCAGACUUUUUGCAAGAAGUUUUGUCAAAGAAGGAUCAGCAGCAAUACUGGUCAGCUCCUUACCGCCCUUAUCGGUACAUACCUCCAGGAAAGUUUGCUGAAGCCUUCCGCUCAUAUCCCAUUGGGAAGAACUUGUCUGAGAAGCUAGACACUCCUUUCGAUAAACGUUAUAACCAUCCAGCAGCACUCUCAACUUCCCGUUAUGGCAUGAAGAGGAGUGAACUUCUCAAGACUAGCUUUGAUUGGCAGAAGCUACUAAUGAAACGAAAUUCGUUUAUCUAUGUUUUCAAAUUUGUACAGCUUCUUAUUGUUGCCUUAAUAACCAUGAGCGUUUUUUUCCGGACGACAAUGCAUCAUAGUACAAUUGAUGAUGGAGGCUUGUAUCUAGGUUCGCUGUACUUUUCCACGGUCAUUAUUCUUUUUAAUGGAUUUACCGAAGUUUCAAUGUUGGUGGCCAAGCUUCCAAUUCUUUACAAGCAUAGGGACUUGCACUUCUAUCCAACUUGGGUUUAUACACUUCCUUCUUGGGCGCUAAGUAUUCCAACUUCCCUCUACGAAUCUGGCUUCUGGGUAGCAGUUUCAUACUAUGCUAUUGGAUAUGAUCCUGAUUUUACCAGAUUUCUUCGGCAGUUCCUUUUAUAUUUCUCUCUGCACCAGAUGUCCAUAGCUCUCUUCCGCAUCAUUGGAUCUUUGGGACGAAAUAUGAUAGUUGCUAAUACAUUUGGAUCUUUCGCUAUGCUAGUUGUCAUGGCUCUUGGAGGCUAUAUUAUUUCAAGAGAUCGUAUCCCUAGCUGGUGGAUCUGGGGUUACUGGAUUUCUCCAUUGAUGUAUGCACAAAAUGCAGCUUCUGUGAAUGAAUUCCUUGGGAAUUCCUGGGAUAAGAGAGAUGGAAAUAAUACUGGCUUGUCAUUAGGUCAGGCAUUGUUGAGAGCACGCAGCUUGUUUCCAGAUAGCUACUGGUAUUGGAUUGGUGUUGGUGCUUUGCUAGGAUACACAGUUCUUUUCAAUAUCCUGUUCACAUUCUUUCUAGCUUACCUUAACCCUGUGGGGAAGCAGCAGGCUGUUUUCUCGAAGGAAGAGCUGCAAGAGAGAGACAGGAGAAGGAAAGGUGAAAGUGUGGUUACUGAAUUGAGACACUACUUGGAACAUUCAGGCUCACUAAAUGGAAAAUAUUUCAAACAGAGAGGCAUGGUUCUCCCAUUUCAACCACUUUCUAUGUCUUUCAGCAAUAUCAAUUACUUUGUUGAAGUCCCUGUGGAACUAAAGCAACAAGGGGUACUAGAAGACAGAUUGCAGCUGUUGGUUAAUGUUACUGGAGCAUUUAGACCCGGUGUUCUUACAGCACUUGUUGGUGUUAGUGGUGCUGGUAAAACUACCCUCAUGGAUGUUUUAGCUGGUAGAAAAACUGGUGGGACCAUAGAAGGGGACAUAUAUAUAUCUGGUUAUCCCAAAAGGCAAGAGAAUUUUGCAAGAAUUUCAGGUUAUUGUGAGCAAAAUGACAUUCACUCCCCAUGCUUGACUGUUCUGGAAUCACUUCUGUUCUCUGCUUGGCUUCGGUUACCAUCAGAUAUUGACUUUGACACACAAAGGGCAUUUGUUGAGGAGGUAAUGGAACUCGUGGAGCUGACUCCGUUAAGUGGGGCAUUGGUUGGUCUACCUGGCAUUGAUGGUUUGUCAACUGAACAACGUAAAAGGUUAACAAUUGCUGUUGAACUAGUUGCCAACCCUUCUAUUGUCUUCAUGGAUGAGCCAACAUCGGGUUUGGAUGCAAGAGCUGCUGCUAUCGUAAUGAGGACAGUGAGAAACAUUGUAAAUACAGGGCGAACAAUUGUCUGCACAAUCCAUCAGCCCAGUAUAGACAUUUUUGAAUCCUUUGAUGAGCUUUUAUUUAUGAAGCGUGGAGGUGAGCUCAUAUAUGCUGGUCCACUUGGCCCCAAGUCUUCUGAGCUUAUCAAGUAUUUUGAGGCAGUUGAAGGAGUACCAAAGAUCAGAACUGGGUAUAAUCCUGCAACAUGGAUGCUUGAGGUCACUUCUCAAGCAGAAGAGAAACGUUUGGGUGUGGAUUUUGCAGAAAUUUACCGAAGAUCACUUCUAUUUCAACGUAACAAGGAGUUGGUUGAAAAUCUAAGCAAGCCAAGUAGCAAUUCAGAAGAAUUAAAUUUUCCUACGAAGUAUUCCCAGUCAUUUCUUGAACAAUUUCUAGCAUGCCUUUGGAAGCAAAAUCUAUCUUACUGGCGAAACCCACAAUACACUGCAGUUAAAUUCUUUUACACUGUUGUCAUCUCAUUGAUGCUUGGGACAAUAUGCUGGAAGUUUGGUUCAAAGAGGGAAAGCCAACAAGACGUGUUUAAUGCCAUGGGAUCUAUGUAUGCAGCAGUCCUCUUCAUUGGAAUUACAAAUGCUAGUGCUGUUCAGCCUGUUGUCUCUAUUGAGAGAUUUGUUUCAUAUAGGGAAAGAGCUGCAGGAAUGUAUUCAGCCCUAGCUUUUGCAUUUGCUCAGGUUGUUAUCGAGUUUCCAUAUGUAUUUGCACAGACCAUUGUCUACGGUUCCAUUUUCUACUCAAUGGCCUCAUUUGAGUGGACUUUUUUGAAAUUUACUUGGUACAUAUUCUUUAUGUACUUCACUUUGCUAUAUUUCACCUUCUACGGAAUGAUGACAACUGCCAUCACACCGAAUCAUAAUGUGGCCGCCAUCAUCGCUGCGCCAUUUUAUAUGCUUUGGAACCUUUUCAGUGGCUUUAUGAUUCCCCAUAAGAGAAUCCCUAUUUGGUGGAGAUGGUAUUACUGGGCAAACCCCAUAGCAUGGAGUCUGUAUGGUCUUGUGACCUCACAAUAUGGCGACGAUGACAGACUGGUGAAUCUAUCAGACGGGACUCACUCAGCGCCUCUAAGACAGGUAGUCGAACAAGGGCUUGGUUAUAGGCAUGAUUUCGUGGGUGUAGCUGGUGUCAUGGUGACUGUUUUUGUUGUGUUCUUCGCUGUAAUAUUUGCUUUUGCAAUAAAGGCCUUCAACUUCCUGAGGAGAUGACAGAAGUGAUCAUAAAACUGGUCUCUGGGACUCUGGAGUUGUUUGAUGCAUAUUGCAGAUAUAAGACAUAGGUAAUGAUGUUCUAAAAUGAAUUAUUUGCUUGUAUUGUAGAGAAGAUAAACGAUAGAUCAUUAUUUUUCUUCACUUUCUUUUUUUGAUAUAAUUAUUUUUCUUCACUUAUUUGAGUGUAUAUCAACAGUAUGACAGCACUCAGUGCUGUCCUCUCGUCUGUAGAAUACAUUUUAAAAUGUUGUACAAUUAGUAUUCCUUUGCAAAAUCCUAAAUCUGU